CUCACCAUGCCUUCUCCUAUGCCUGAAUAUCUUAAUGUUCACUAUAUCUGCGAGUCUGCCUCCAGGUUGCUUUUCUUGUCCAUGCACUGGGCACGUUCCAUUCCAUCUUUCCAAGCUUUAGGACAGGAUAACAGCAUAUCAUUAGUAAAAGCCUGCUGGAACGAACUUUUUACGCUUGGUCUUGCACAAUGUUCACAAGUUAUGAAUGUGGCAACUAUAUUAACUGCAUUUGUUAAUCACCUUCAUGGCAGUUUACAGCAAGAUAAGCUGCCAACAGACAGAGGAAAAUUAGUAAUGGAGCAUAUUUUCAAAUUGCAAGAGUUCUGUAACAGCAUGGUUAAGCUUUGCCUAGAUGGAUAUGAAUAUGCAUAUUUGAAAGCGAUCGUCCUCUUCAGUCCUGAUCACCCAGGUCUAGAAAAUGUGGUACAGAUUGAGAAAUUUCAAGAAAAGGCUUACAUGGAGUUCCAAGACUAUGUAACAAAAGCGUAUCCAGAUGAUACUUACAGACUGUCUAGACUUCUUCUCCGAUUGCCUGCUCUUAGGCUGAUGAGUGCUGCCAUCACUGAGGAGCUAUUCUUUGCAGGACUAAUUGGAAAUGUUCAGAUUGAUAGCAUCAUCCCAUAUAUUCUGCGAAUGGAGACAGCGGACUACAACUCCCAGAUAAUUGGUCAUGCCGUAUAAAAGUAGCAGUCAAGGAUUCUGUACCAUGGCAGUCAUGGUGAUGUAAAUGCAUACCCUGUCUCCAAGAGAUGGCAAUAAGCCUUCCCAUGCACCUUUCCAAAGAAGGCUAAUGUUCCUCCUUUCCAGUACACUUGGGAAACGUGAUGGAGUGUACUAAGGAAUACAGGAUCGCUUCCUAUUUUUCAUCUCAUCUUCAAGGACUUGUAAAUUAACUUGAUAUCUGAAGAUAGUCAAGAAUUGUCCAUCCUAUUUUUGUAGAUAGAUGAACUUGGAAUAUUUGUUUAUGAAAUCCAGGCUUGUGAAGAAACUGAAGAAGCUUUGACUGAACUAAGGUAUCUCACUUAGUUUGAUGUUUUAGACAAAUAAAUUAACUUUCCUCUC